CGCACCCCCUUUCUACUUACCGGCUCUUACCCCCGCCACCUUCUUCUAUUUACGACGGCCGACGACGAGGCGGAUGGCCAGCAAUCCAGGCCAGCAACAUCCCUACGACAGAGCGGACGUGCACAAGUCAUGCAAAUCAUUGGAAACCUUGCUAGGCGUCUUGAGCGAUUACUGUGAGGCUGCGGAAGCCGUUGUGAUAUUGCAGAAGAAGUUGGUGAAGGCUCUUCGUGAAAGCGCUGGAUUGAAAACUACGACCGACAUCGCUGCCAACACGCUGAGCGCUAGUGCCAAUAUCUUUGAGGCUCUAUUCGAUAUCGACGCCAAAUUUGCAAAGAUAGCUGACAAAGAAUAUGAAGGAAUCAGUAGCGAGGUCAGAAAAUGGUUCAAGAAACUUGCCAAAGAGGAGAAGGCCUGCGACGAUAGAAUCGCUGCUGCCAACGACAAGAUUAAGCAAGCAGGCCAAGUCUACGAGAAGAAGUCUAAGAAGAGCGCUCGCGACGCCAGUGACGAGCAUGCGCGUUACAUUACUCUCAUCAGCGCUCUUGCACCAGAAAUAUCACAGGAUAAGUACAACCAUGCCUUAUUCGUGACGCAGCGGCAUACAUCUACGACAUUCAGUGUAGCAGCAUGCAUGUCCCGCAUAGCCGAUGCUGAAUGGCUCCGAGCUUGUGAAGGAGUUCGUCGAUAUGCACCUGCUGUGGGGCUCUUGGGUGAAUGGAGGGCUCUUUGCGAAGGGGGCUGGGGAGGUCCUAUACCUCCGGACUUGCCUGACCUCGGUGCGCCAGCUCAACAGCAGCCUCGAACACAGCCACCACCACCGCCGUCGCAAACCAUUCGUGAACCAGUAAAUCGCAUAUCCGAUGAAGAACGACCUUCGCCGCCAAUGUGUCUGCAAGCCGAAGCUAUUGACGUGAACUCGCAGAAGCCGACAGAAGUCCAUCCUGGGGUCCGAACCGUAUACGAGAAAGAAAGGGAGCAACCAUCACCCUUAUCUUCGCCCAACCAGCCUCAAUAUCCCCAAACGCCGGAAGGCACAGCUACACAGAAGCAGAACCAGUCGACACCGCCUUCCUCCUUUGACAAUCCUAUCCGCUCAUUUUUGGAUCCUAAUACGGGAUCCGUGAGAUCGUUGUCUGCAUUCCCAGCGCCUCCUACUCAUUUCCCUCUUCCUCCCAUUAAUUCGCAGCGGCAACAGCAACCUUCUCUGGAACAGUCGUCCCACUCAUCAUCUGCAUCUCAUAUUAGUUUCCCGACGUUGUCCCGGCCAUCCGACGUCAUUCCUGGCGGGGACGAGAUUAUCACCGGCGAAACGGUGUCGUCGUCACCUGUCUCUGGCCCCCCUUCCCCUCAACAGAAAUUCAAUGACAACUCUGAUAUAAACAAUCAAUCAAAUGUAAGCGCGCCAGGUGGCCAUAAUCACGGUCUUCGACAUUCGACACCUAUGCGGUCAUUAACAGCGCCAACUUUGGACGACCCUUCAGCAACUGUAGCAGAACGUUCGCCCAACUCCUUAAAUACCUCGAGACUAUUGUCAUACGAUGAGCGCGAAUUUGGGUCCGAUUACAAGCCUCCAACUCGAGGGCUUGACAGUGUGAAAGGCAAAGGCGUAGACAGAAAUAACACGGCAAAGAAUAGUGGUAGUAUCGUGGCUGCGAUGCGCAACCGUUAUUCAUACGAUUAUGGCGCUUCCUCUCCUCCGUCCAGGGAUAUCCCUCGGUUACCGAUGAGCGUAACCGAUCUGGCCACCCGGUAUCAACCCAGUGAUGGGCCUUCAUCCCCAAGAGUCAGAGCUUCUUCCCCGCCUAUCGCUCGUACUCUACCUUCUCUGGGCACUUUCUCACAAGCUCAGCAAGUUGAGGCGUCAUUCCGUGGAAGAAGUCCUCCGAGAGCAUUCCGUGAAUCAUCUACGAUACCCACGGCCAUACCUAUACCACAACCGCCACAACCAAAUUUCCAGAUUCACGCCACAGCGCUUGAUGACGCUUUACGUCGUCAACGGCGUCUCGAGGAGCUAGAAAUUAAAGAAAAGGAACAGACACUUCGUGCUAGAGAGUUGGAAAUUGAGUUCAAGUCCCAGGAGUUGGAGAGACAAAGAGAUUUUUUGAUGAGUAACGACGCAAACUCUCUCGCACCUCCCGCAUCAACCCGCACCUUGCGAAGCAGUAGCGAGGAAAACAGCUAUCCUGAAAGAUCGGGACAGUCACUUAAUCAGCUGCAUCCGGCUCAUUGCACCUGUGAUACUUGCAAGAAUUCAAAAUCUGGCUCAAUCCCAACUCGUCCUGGAGAGAAAAGUAAAGGUGGCUGGAUGCGGCGAUUGAGUAUGCCGAUUGUUGCUGGAAAUGCGUUUUUGGACGCUAAACGGUAUGGAGGGUCGAUGAAGGGAGGAUUAACGUCGUUGGAUAGCAAAAAAAAUGCUAGCACGACUGUACUUGCACAAGAGGAUGGCCGCUUGGCCGCUGGAGGCAGGAGAAGCUAUGAUGUAGGGAUCAGCAACCGGAGCGUUACGAAUCUAGGAAGGGGAUAAUUUAUUUUUGGAUACCCCGGAACAGAAUCACAUUUAUAACUUACAUUGUGUGGGCCUCGUGCAUACGGUCUACUUAUUAUACUGAUACUUACCAAUGUCACUGAUAGUGUACUGAUUUUCUGUCUCGUUUCUUCAUGUCGCUUAUGUACUCUUACGCACGCAUUUUACGAUCAGUG